CUCACACAAUUCUAAAACCGUAUUAUUUGCUAUACUGCUCCAUCAUGCUUACCGAGGAGGACUGCAGUUUGCAUGUGAGGAAAGCUAGCUUAGAAUGGCAAGCAAACACAGCAAGAAGUGGGAAGGUUAUAGACAGUGAAAAUAAGUGAAAGAUUAUUAUAUUAGAAAACAAAGGAGGGAGAAACAAUAAGGUACACACUGCAUGUAGAGAGUAUUAGUCUAGGUACAUUUGAAAGUUAAAGAGAGAGAACUGAAUUUACAGAAAACUCUGACAGUACAGCAGAGUACAUUGGGCAGGACUGAGAUAUAUUUUGGAAGAAGUCAGGAUUAUUUACAGUCACAAUCACUGCAGAAGAACAAGUCAGAACAAGGGUUAAAUCCUUCACAAACUUGGGAAGGGGGGGAGAGCAGAGAGCACACUGCUCCUUCCACCCUCAGGGCACACUCCCCCCUCCUGUGCUGUAUGCAGGGAAAGGAAGACAGAUAACCCCUGUACGGACACAGGGUAAAGUACUGCGUGUGGAUAGAACUGUGCUUGUUGCAGAAUAUGUCUCUCCUGUGGAUUUUGGGGAUCCUUUGCAGCUUCAGCAAUGCACAGAAUAAUCCGGGCUACCUGGUAGCAGCACCAUCUGUUUUUCGCUCAGGUGUAGAAGAAGCAGUAAGUAUCACCAUCUUUAAUACGGCUGCUGAAACCAAGGUCCAGGUGAAACUGGUGGUGAAAGGUGAAACUGUAGCUAUCAGCCAUGGGACUGUGUUAGAUAAAGGAGUGGUGAAGAUCAAGGUGCCACCAGGACUAAGAGGUCAAGCUCAUCUUAAGGUUUGGGGCAAUCGCCAUUUGAGUGAUGAAGGAUUCAUUUUCCACAACUCUACAACUGUUACAUUGGAUAGCAAAGGAUUAACAUUGUUUAUACAGACUGAUAAACCUGUGUACAAACCCAAGCAGAAAGUGCUGAUCAAUAUGUACAUGGUGACUCCGGACCUACAGCCAGCCAAGGAAAAGGUUGAAGCUUAUAUAUUGGAUCCACGAGGGUCCAGGAUUAUUCAGUGGACAAAUUUACAACCAAUCUGCUGUGGUAUCGUUAACAUGAGUUUUCCACUUUCUGACCAACCUGUGUUUGGGGAAUGGCUGAUUUUUGCAGAAACCCAAGGCCAUACAUUUAACAAAUCAUUUACAGUGCAGAAAUAUGUGCUUCCAAAGUUUGAGCUGGUAAUAACUCCUCCCUCAUAUAUUCGGGAUAUAAACAUAUGUGAAAAGGGAAAAGUCCAGGCAAGGUACACAUUUGGAAAGCCUGUGAGUGGAUUACUGACUAUCAACAUGACAGUGACUGGUGUAGGGUAUUAUAGGCAUGAGAUAGGACACCAGGUGCUCAAAACCAUGGAGAUUUACGGUUCAUCUGUGUUUGACAUCUGUGCCAGGGAUAUGAUGCCGGUAGACUUCUCAGAGCAUUUUCGAGGGACAGUGAAUAUUUGGGCGACUGUGACUGCUGUAGAUGGCAGCAAGCAGGUCACUUUUGAUGACGCCACCCCAGUACAGAAACAGCUAAUUGAUAUCAAAUAUACCAAAGAUACCCGCAAACAGUUCAAGCCAGGCCUGCCUUACCAAGGGAAAGUUGACGUCACAUAUCCAGAUGGAAGUCCUGCAGAUGGGGUUACUGUGCGAAUCAAAGCUGAACUCACCCCCAAAGACAACGUGUAUACCAGUGAGCUUGUGUCCCAGAAUGGCUUGGUCGAAUUCCAAAUACCAUCUAUCCCAACAGUUGCCCAGUAUGUAUGGCUAGAGUCCAAGGUGAUAGCAAUAGAUGGAAAAUCCACAAAAGAGCAGUAUUUGCCCAACUACUUGUCCAUAAGUAGCUGGUAUUCUCCAAGUAAAUGCCACCUCUUGAUUCAGCCACCCGAAAAACCAUUGCAGGUGGGUGAGGAUGCCCGGAUUGCCUUGAAGUCCACCUGUCCAUGUAAUUUCACUCUCCACUAUGAGGUAGCGUCUCGUGGAAACAUUGUGCUAUCUGGGCAACAGUCCUCAAAUGUCACCCUGCAGAGGAUGAAGAGGUCAUCAUCAGCUGUUACCUUUCAAAGGGACUUCAAUGAAACAUCUGAGAGUGAAGCAGCAGAGCUCUCAUCCAGUGACUCUGAGGUGUGGAUGACGUAUGUUCAUUUCCAUAUAACUCACACCAUGGCCCCGCUCAGCCGCUUGCUGGUUUAUUAUGUGAGGGAGAAUGGAGAGGGGAUUACCGACAGCGCCCAGAUACUGAUAAAACCAGCUUUCAAGAAUAAGGUCUCUUUAGCCUUGUCCUCUAAUGACUCUAGACCAGGUGAUGUGAUAGAUAUUAAGGUACAAGCUACCAGAGGAAGCUGUGUCUGCGUGUCCAGUGUGGAUAAGAGUGUGUACCUCCUGCGCAAUGGCUUCCAAAUUACUCCUGAACAGAUAUUCCAGGAACUAGCUGCCUUUGAUGUUUCAGAUGCUUUUGGGACAGGGAAGGAUGAAGGACAUUUUUGGUGGCCAGGUCUGGGCUCCCAGAGGAGACGGCGUUCAUCAAUUUUCCCAUGGCAUUGGGACAUCAUUAAAGAUGCGCGGUUCGCGUUCACAGAGACAGGACUGGUUGUAAUGACAGAUACUGUAAGCCUAAAUCACCAGCAGAGUGGUGGUAUGUACACAGAUGAGGCAGUUCCAGCCUUCCAGCCACACACAGGAACACUAGUUGCGUCUUCCUAUACCAAAAUAAUACCUCGGUUUGAGAAGCGGAAAAGGUCAUUCUUUCCAGAAACCUGGAUCUGGCACUGUUUCAAUGUCAGUGAUGUUACUGGGGAGGGUGAACUGCGAGUGGAGGUCCCUGACUCGAUAACUACAUGGAUAAGUGAAGCCAUUGGUGUGUCUGAAGAAACAGGACUGGGGGUGGCCAAAGCAGCCCACCUGAAAACAUUCAAACCAUUUUUUAUUGACUUCACCCUGCCAUACCAUGUGAUACGAGGGGAGCAGGUCAAAAUACCACUCACGGUUUACAAUUACCUUCCUGUUAAUGUUGAGGUGCAUAUAAAGAUCAUGAUCACUAAAGGAGUAAAGUUUGUGGGAUAUCCUGGGAAACAGCAUCUCAUACGCAAGCUUUGUGUGGCUUCAGGAGAGACCAAACCUACAUCUGCGGUCUUUUCAUUUUCUGAGCUUGGACAGGCAAACAUCUCAGCCAGAGGUCUGGCAUAUGGAGGUAUGAACUGCCUUAGUGAGGGGAGCAGCAGUGUGAAGAACAUCAGAUAUUCAGAAGAUGUGUACAGUGAGAGGAAAUCACCAUCAGGGAUUGAUUUUGUCCGUAGAAGUGUGAUAGUCGAGCCAGAGGGCUUAGCCCGAGAAUAUACAUACAGUGUCUUCUUAUGCCCAAAUGAGAAAAUUCAGAUUUCUACUCCCAACAAGUUUGAGUAUCAGUACGUACAGAAGCCGCAGCGGAUGACACACUUUGACCUGACUGUGAAAGGCCACAAUGAUGCCCAUGUGGCACUUUCCUCAGGACCCCAUGACAUGGCUGAAAUGAUAGAAAUCGUUAUUGGUGGUCAGCAGAAUUCAAGAACAUGGAUAACAACCAGCAAGAUGGGCGAGCCCAUCUCCAGCGCAAACACUGCUGCCAUUUUGUCUUGGGAUGAGUUUCGGGCAUUCUGGAUUAGUUGGAAAAAUGGCCACAUCCAGGUAGGACACGGCACCAAAGGCUCCAAUGACUCUGUUAUCGUGGAGUGGUCGGCGGCUAAGCAGCCAGACGUGAAGUUCAUCGGCUUUUCGACUGGCUGGGGUUCCAUGGGGGAGUUUAAAAUCUGGAGGAAGGAAGAGACAGAUGAGAACCACAAUGAGGCUUUCACCCUGGGGGUCCCACACAAUGUCAUCCCAGGGUCCGAGAGAGCCACAGCUUCUAUUAUAGGAGAUGUGAUGGGUCCUACUGUGAGUAAUCUGGAUAACCUUCUUCGCCUCCCAUUUGGAUGUGGGGAACAAAAUAUGAUCCACUUUGCGCCAAACGUGUUUGUGCUGAAGUAUCUCCAGAAAACCCAGCAGCUGUGUGUAGAAGUGGAGAGCGAGGCUGUGGACUACCUGCUGCAAGGUUAUCAACGUCAGCUAACCUACAAGAGACAGGAUGGCUCCUAUAGUGCUUUUGGAGAGCGAGACUCAUCUGGAAGUAUGUGGCUAACUGCUUUUGUGCUGAAAUCCUUUGCUCAGUCCCGUGGCUUCAUCUUCAUCGAUCCUUUAGAGUUGUCUGCAGCAAAAGACUGGAUCAUCCAGCACCAGAAAAAAGAUGGUUCUUUCCCAGCUAUGGGCCGGAUUCUAAACAAGGAUAUCCAGGGUGGGAAUCAUGGAAAAAUAGCUCUAACUGCAUAUGUUACAGCUGCUUUCCUGGAGACUGGAAUCACAUCUGAGGAAGAAAGAGUUGCUGUCUCAAAUGCCAAAGUGUAUUUGGAGUCACACUUGUAUUCAGCAGAUGACCCAUAUACCACUGCCCUGACAACGUAUGCUCUUACCCUGCUGCGUAGCACAUAUGCUCCUGUUGGUCUCAGGAGGCUAAACAGCAUGGCCAUAACACAAGAUGGUUUCACACAUUGGAGUUUAACUGGGUCUUUAGCAACAGAAGAGGACACCUUCAUGGGUUUCAGUGAUGGCCUAUCACAGUCGGUGAUCUCUGCAGAGGUAGAAAUGACCGCAUAUGCCCUGCUAACCUACACCCUCCUUGGAGAUGUGGCAUCUGCUCUUCCAGUAGUUAAAUGGCUUUCCCAACAGCGAAACGCUCUAGGCGGCUUUUCAUCCACGCAGGACACGUGUGUGGCACUGCAAGCUCUUGCUGAAUAUGCCAUACUUUCCUAUAUUGGUGGUGUUAAUCUCACCAUAUCUCUGGCAUCCACCAACUUGGACUAUCAGGAAACCUUUGAGCUUCAUAGGCUGAACAAGAAGAUCCUGCAGACAGCUGUGAUUCCCACCAUCCCAACCGGCUUGUUUGUCAGUGCAAAAGGAGAAGGCUGCUGUUUAAUGCAGAUCGAUGUUCAUUACAAUGUUCCCGACCCAGUGGUCAAGCCAGCCUUCCAGCUUCUGGUCCAUCUCAAAGAGCCAAAGCCAGGGAGGGAUCGACGUCAAGUUGGACGUCCAGAGGGACUUCUCAGAGAGAGAGCUCUCCCUGAUGAUGAUGAUCCAGGGUCCCACCAGGACCAUGAAGAAUACAAAGUGACCCUGGAAGCUUGCGCAAGAUGGCUUCAUUCUGGGGCAUCUAACAUGGCUGUGUUGGAGCUAUCUCUGCUGUCAGGGUUCAGAGCCGACAUCGAGAGCUUGGAACAGUUGCUUUUGAACAAGCAAAUUGGCCUAAAACGCUAUGAAGUGGAAGGAAGAAAAGUAUUGUUCUAUUUUGAUGAGAUACCUAGCCAGUGUAUGACAUGUGUACAGAUGCAAGCCUUCAGGGAAUAUAUUGUGGGGAAAACUGCACCAGUCCCAGUGAAAAUCUACGACUACUAUGAGCCAACAUUUGAAGCUACCAGAUUCUACAAUGCCAGUGAGAACAGCCCUCUGUCCCGAGAGCUGUGCGAUGGUACCAGCUGUAAUGAAGUGGAGAGUUCCAUUAACCAGUUGACAGGCUUUGUUCCCACUGGUGCUUGCAAUGGUGGCUACCCCUGCCCUGAAGGAGAUCAUUUUGAACGCUGCAUGUGCUACCGAGAUUGUGGGUAUGAUGGGGACCCCAUGUGUGGAUCUGAUGGUGUCCUUUACCAGAAUCCGUGCCAAAUGGAGGUUACAGCCUGCAGGAACAACACCAGGAUAGAGCGUGUGGCAAUGUCACAGUGCACCCCAGAUGAAAACACAUCAGAAGAGGAAGCUGACUCUGCCACAUUACCAGAGCAGGAACCAUCCCAAGAGAAAACAGAGGAGGAUAUGCCUAUUCACCAGCAAGAGGACUCCUACUAUUCAUACGAGUAUGAAUCGGAUCCGUAUGCUGCCGACAAUGAAGAUGGCCUUGAAAUUGCUGUGCAGCUGACAACAGUCGCAAACUUGGCUGAGGAGAACGGCAAAGUGGAUGUGCUGCGAACCACAGAAUGAAAAUGUUUUGUAAAAGAAAAAUAUCAAGAUGGACCAGUUUUUACAAUAUUGGUAUCAGGAGACCAUAGAAAAGAAAGAAGUGUUCUAGUUGGUUAUGGACCUAAAAUCUGUUUGGUAUUAAUUUCUAUAUAUCUUACAUUUUUCCAGCUUGAUUUCUUUUGAACACAGAUGUAACAAAACUAGCAAAUUCUGCCCUCAAAGCAGUAACUAAGAUAGCUAUUUUAUCUCCUGAGCCAUAUGCUGACCUCUCCUGACUCCACCAAUUCAUCAUACUUUCCUUUCCUAUAUUUGACUUCAUACGCAGUGUCAUUUCCUGUUUAUGUUCUAUUCCUGCACAACUGAGCAUCCUCCUCAGGACUCACUGCAGCCAUUGUCACUUCCUGUUUCAUCUUCCUAUCAGACGCAAGUAUACUUUUCUCUGUCAGUUUGUCACAAUUUGGUUCAAUUAGUGUAACUGAUUUUGUUUAUGUAUGUGAAUAUUGUGUACAGAAUUUGUCCAUAUGCAACCACACUCUUUUUUUUUUUUUUAGAUGAUUUUAAAUCAUUGAUUUAAUUAACUACUAUAAAGAUACUGAGAGAUAAUAUGUUAAAAAUUACCACAAAAAAAAAUGUAAAAUUUAGAAACCAGGGUUUGUAUAAUUAUGAAGGAGGUAAUGAAAGAUUGCAAGUUCUUACAGCAAAUCAUGUAACAGGUGUACAUGAUAUAAACGAAUUGUGUUCUGUGAUAUCAAGCCCUCACAGAUGGAUAGGUCAUUCAGCAGUUGAAGUGACUAAGGGCCUGAUUGAGAGAUGUAGGCAAACCGAUGGCUUACAUAUAUCUCUGAUGUUUACUGAACUGCGCAUGUGCAGGUUGGGUCGUGCGUUGUCAAACGGGCUGCAACCAUUUGGGCUAGAGAAUGGGUGAGAUGACCACCAUAAACGGGGGCAAGUCAGACUCAUUUUCAGGGAGUGGCGAGGCAGGUGUCUGCAUCUUCCUAUGCAGACUUACUGGCCUCUGCUAUAGUGCUGAGGUGGCCAUUCUGAGUAACUUUAGGCUUACUCAGAUCUCUGCGACUGAUGGUGACCCGAUGCUGCAUCCUACGACACAGCACUCAGGUUUGCGUUCCCGGCAGUGGGCAUUUUUUGUCCUUAGAUGCCUCCUGUGGGAUUAGCAUCGUUUCGUAUCACUACUGCAUCCAAAGAUGCAGCAGCCAUGCAAAUAGCGCACAUCUCUGAAUCAGGGCCUCAGUCAUUAGCUAUGUGUAUUUAGGGCCUACAGGAAUAGACGGGUGUAGUACUGCUGACCGGCGGUCAGGAGACCGCCGGUCAGCUUACCGAUGCCGGGGAGGGGCGAGUGCAGCAAGCCCCUUGCGGGCUCGCUGCGCCACGGGUUCUAUUCCCACUCUACGGGUGUCGUGGACACCCACGAGUGGAAAUAGUCCCUGUUGGUCGGCAUGCCGACCAUCGGGAUAGUGAGCCGUCGGGCUCGUGGAGGAGGUCAUGUGACUGUCGGUCAGCUGACCGGCGGUCACAUGAAUACCACCCGGAAUAGACAAAAUACAAAUGAAAUGAAACGGAACAUCACGGACUAUAUAAGAACAUAUAAAGAAAGAAAUAAUAAGUGUUGUUAAUUUAGGCUUUGGGUUGACAAAAAAUUGUUAAAAAAUGUUUUAAACUUUUAAAAUGGUGUAGUAAGUAUAGUUACUCCACUUUUAUAUAUCUCCUAGAGUAAUCAGUGUUUGUCUAUUAUUAUACAGUAGCUGUAUACAUACAGAACUAAGUACCUGGGCCAUUAAACUUUACUAUAUAGGAGCACAUUAAGAACAAUGCAAUUAAAGCACUUCUCCCAUGUCUGUAGAAAACUCUUCAUGAUAUCCAGGACUGUCUUGUGUGGCAUAAUACACAGAACCAGAUUUAUCAAGCCUUGGAAAGUGAUACAUUACACGGUGAUAAGGUACCAGCCAAUCAGCUCCUAACUGCCAUGUUACAGGGCAGGCUGUGUUUGAAAAAUUACAGUUAGGACAAGGAGCUGAUCGUUUGGUACUUUAUCUCCAUGUAGGUUAUCACUGCCCAUGGCUUCAUAAAUCUGGGCCACAAGCACCAUAAUACAGGUCACUAACUGCCAUGAAAUAAUGGACCAUGUGCAUAUGCAUCUUGCAAGUAAUACCAUGUCUAAGGUACAGAAUACCUAGGGGGUAACUUUAUUAGCAGGGCAUUUCCCACAGAAAAGCUUGCAUUGCCAAAUCUGCUUAGGGGAAGCUUUGUCCUACAGUAUCCAUUGAUGUCUUGCUACUGCUACUAUACACCACAAUACCCUCUCCCCCACAGAUAACUUAAUGUAUAAAAAUAGUAUGUUAAAUUAUAUAUAAUACUACUACAGUUCUUCCUAAUACAUGUAUAUAAAUUUAAUGUUAAACAGAAACGGUUAUAUUUUUUUCUCUUUCUUGCCAAAGGGAUUGUGUUUGUUUAAGAUUUCUGGGUUUUCUAGGUCUAGGGUGUGGGCAAGAGAAAUGGCAUCAACAUACUUUUUAGUUGCUUUUUUUUCUUGAGGGGGGAGGGGGUGACUUCAAGUAUACACUGAAAAAUAAGUUUCAUCUUCUGUUCAGUGCCUGGCAGCAACAUGCUUCAUAAAGUGAUGUUAGUGGCCGAGCAGCAGAGGGUCUGCUGUUAAAUGUUAGUAAAUGUGUUACUGUCUGACUUGUAUAAGCUUAUACCAAUUGUUUACGGUAGAUAUGUAUAAUAAAGUUGUUUUGUAUCUGAUAAAUGCAGUGUUAGUGUUCCCACACAUGUCCUUUUUCUUAAGUUAAAAUAAACUUUUUACAAACUUUU